AUGGGUUUGAGAGAUCAAUACAAUAUUGUACAAGACAAAAAUCUAUACCUUCAAACCCCAACUUUCAUUGAAUAUCUCAAACCAUCUUCAUCACUCUCAUCAUCUCCUUCAUCUUCCUUAACUCAUCAACACAAAUUAUCUCAAGAAACUUUUCAGUUUUUGCCCUUAAAAGAAGAUCAUGAGAUGCAAGAGGAAGGUUUUGAAGUAAAAGAAGGAAUUAAACAAGUGACUGUGACUUUGCACAUAGGGUUACCUAACAUAGGAAGUGAGCAUGAUGAUCAUGAUGAGAAGAAUAAGGUUUUUGAUCAUGUUAAGGAAGAACAAGAGAUGAAGAACAACAUACAAGGUUUUUGUUUUAAGGAGGAAAAAAGGUUUUGGAUACCAACUCCUGCUCAGAUCCUUGUUGGUCCUAUGCAGUUUGCUUGCUCCAUAUGUAGUAAGACUUUCAAUAGAUACAACAAUAUGCAGAUGCAUAUGUGGGGACAUGGAUCUGAAUAUAGGAAAGGACCAGAUUCACUAAAAGGAACACAACCAGCAGCAAUGUUAAGGUUACCAUGUUAUUGUUGUGCUAAUGGUUGCAAAAACAACAUCAAUCAUCCAAGAGCAAAACCAUUGAAGGAUUUUCGAACACUUCAAACUCAUUACAAGAGAAAACAUGGAACAAAACCAUUUAUUUGUAGAAAAUGUUCUAAAGCAUUUGCUGUUAAAGGAGAUUGGAGAACUCAUGAGAAAAACUGCGGAAAGUUUUGGUAUUGCACUUGCGGUUCCGAUUUUAAACACAAAAGAUCUCUUAAAGAUCAUGUUAGAUCCUUUGGAAAAGGUCACUCCCCUCAUCCUUCUCUUGAAGGGUUUGAAGAUGAGAAACAAUGCAGCAAUACCGGGUCCGAUGAUGACGAAGUUGUUCAUGCAUAA